AUGGCGGCCCCCGUGAUGCUGCUGCCGCUGGUGGCGGCGGGGCUGGCGCUGUGCGCGGCGCUGCUGUGGUUGCGGGGGCGGCCGGCCGGGCCGGAGCUGGUCCGAGGGCGGGUGUGCGUGGCGGUGCUGGGCGACCUGGGCCGCAGCCCUCGCAUGCAGUACCACGCGCUGGCUCUGGCCCGGCACGGACACAGCGUCACCCUGCUGGGCUUCCUCAGCACAAAGCCACAUAGUGACAUUUUGUGCAAUGAAAAGAUACACAUUGUAUCUCUUUCAGAACUUAAAGUAUUGCAAGUUGGUCCUAAGAUUUUCCAGUAUAUUACAAAAGUUAUUGCACAGGCAAUACAGCUGUUCUAUACAAUGCUGAAGAUAGAUCAUCCAACUUAUAUUCUUCUUCAGAAUCCUCCAGGCCUGCCUAGUAUAGCUGUUACCUGGAUCGUUUGCCUUAUACGAAGAAGCAAACUGAUCAUUGAUUGGCACAACUAUGGUUAUACUAUAAUGAGUCUGAUCCAUGGAAAAAAUCACCCUAUAGUACAAAUUGCAGAGUGGUAUGAAAAGCUUUUUGGACGUCUAUCUGACUGCAACAUUUGUGUGACUAAUGCAAUGAAAGAAGAUCUACAAAUGAAUUGUAACAUCAAAGCAAUAACCCUCUAUGACAAGCCAGCUUCUUUUUUUAAGGAAACACCAUUAGAAAUUCAGCAUAAAUUGUACAUGAAACUUGCCAAAGACUAUGCUCCAUUUAAAAGAGGAACAGACUCCAUACAUCCAGAUAUUGAGAAGUCUGCAUUUACAGAACUAGACAUCAGAAGUGGAAAUGUAACACAAGUCAAAGAAAGACCAGCUCUUCUAAUCAGCAGCACCAGCUGGACAGAGGAUGAAGAUUUUUCUAUUCUUUUAAAAGCUUUAGAAGAUUAUGAAGUAUAUAUCUCCGAUGGUGGCGAAAUCCCGCCCUGUGUGUGCAUUUUGACAGGUAAAGGGCCUCUAAAAAAGCACUACAACAGACUGAUAGACAAAAUGCACUUUAAACACAUCCAGAUCUGUACACCGUGGCUAGAAGCUGAGGAUUACCCUGUUCUACUUGGCUCAGCAGAUCUGGGUGUCUGUCUCCACAAAUCAUCUAGUGGUUUGGAUCUGCCUAUGAAGGUGGUGGAUAUGUUUGGCUGUUGUUUACCUGUAUGUGCGGUACAUUUCCAGUGUUUACAUGAACUUGUGAAACAUGAUGAAAAUGGCUUGAUAUUUAGGGAUUCAAGUGAACUUGCAGAACAGCUGAAGAUGCUCUUAUUGGAAUUUCCUACAGGUGAAAGUAAACUUAACAUGUUCAGAAGAAAUCUUCGGGCAUCCAAGCAGCUGCGGUGGGAUGAGAGCUGGGAACAAACUGUGCUUCCUGUGUUUAGGAACAAUUAAUGAUUUCCAAAAAAUGGACAAAAGAAUUUGCACAUAUGAUUUUCACAUUCCCAAGUUUGGUUAUACAUGAUGGAAAUGGUGACUAAAACCUUUGUAUUUGGUCUU